AUGUAGGCCUUAUUUCUUAGCAAUUCCUAAUACACAAACCCUUAUUUUUCCAAUUCUUACGUACAAAAUCACAGUCUCUGUACAUAUUUUCUCAGAUCCACUUAGAAACAACUUUCUUUCAUAGACUACUCUCUCUCACUCUCACGUAAUAGUAACAUCACCCUACACAUUUGUUUUUUUACCUUUGUCACCACCAUGACAUAACCUUCACAAGCCCGAAACCAUCUUUUCCAGAAAAACCAAAAUUACACUAAUUUUUCCUUACCAACAUAAUAUUUUCGACACCAAAAAAUUCACAAUUUCUCAUCACCUUUACAAACUAACCCCUAAUCCUUCAAACAUAAACAACAAACAGAAACAGUGGAACAAAAGCUAACAGAAGGAUUGCACGCUGUCUAGAACCGCUGCCGGCACGCCGUCGCCAUACCACCUACCCCGUCGUUUGAGAUGCGCGUGUACCUCCGGAUGAAAUCAAGGGGAUGCUGAAACAACAGAAAAAGAAAAGCAGAGUUGAAGCACAACAAGCAUAAAAUAGAAGAAAUUAAUUUGGAGAAGAAAAUAUUCGCUGGAACAACCCCGCAUCUCAGAUCUCCGACCAGCCACCGCGGGGAGGAGAAUCGAGUCACCACACGCCAAAGACAGAUCCGGUGAAGCCGCAUCCACUUCAAUCAAUGUCGCAACAUAGCAGCAACCGCACGCGACAAAAACGGAAACACAUACCCGCCGCCCAAAUCAUCCUCCGACGGCGAAUCAUACGCGAGCACCGCACCACCACAGAGCAAGGAACCAUUGGGAAGGAUAACCUAACAUCCCGGCCAUAUUAUCCAACAAGAUUUCAGCAGAAGAGAUCAAUGGAUCAGCAAAAGCAACAUGGUGGCCAACGCACCUGGAGGUCCAAACCAAAACGAUCAUUCACUCCGUUGUAUAUGCCAUUGUCUCAAGCUUUGCAACGUUUGCUCAGUCAGAACUUGGUAACUCUGCUACCUCCAUACUCAGCUCCAGUUAACCCCGUUCCCGGGUACAAACAUCAUGCUAGGUGCGCUUAUCAUUCAGACAGUCCUGGUCAUGAUACAGAGGAUUGUGGGCCGUUGAAGCACAAGAUCCAAGAUUUGAUUGAAGAAGGGCUCGUUGAGUUCGAAGAUCCUCACAAGUCUAAUGCCAUAGGUGGCUAGAAGGAGGAUUUCUUAGAUCAUUAGUUUUGUUUUCAUUCGCAAUUUCUUUCUGUUUGUUUAAACAUUAGUCUUACGACAUAUGCUGUGUACUUUACAAUAAUC